AUGACCUCGUCUAAACCCUCAGCGUCUAAACCUUCAGCGUCUAAACCCUCAGCGUCUAAACCCUCAGUGUCUAAACCCUCAGCGUCUAAACCUUCAGCGUCUAAACCCUCAGUGUCUAAACCCUCAGUGUCUAAACCCUCAGUGUCUAAACCCUCAGCGUCUAAACCUUCAGCGUCUAAACCCUCAGCGUCUAAACCCUCAGUGUCUAAACCCUCAGCGUCUAAACCUUCAGUGUCUAAACCCUCAGCGUCUAAACCUUCAGCGUCUAAACCCUCAGUGUCUAAACCCUCAGCGUCUAAACCCUCAGUGUCUAAACCCUCAGUGUCUAAACCCUCAGCGUCUAAACCUUCAGCGUCUAAACCCUCAGUGUCUAAACCCUCAGCGUCUAAACCCUCAGUGUCUAAACCCUCAGCGUCUAAACCUUCAGCGUCUAAACCCUCAGUGUCUAAACCCUCAGCGUCUAAACCCUCAGUGUCUAAACCCUCAGUGUCUAAACCCUCAGCGUCUAAACCCUCAGCGUCUAAACCCUCAGCGUCUAAACCUUCAGCGUCUAAACCCUCAGUGUCUAAACCCUCAGUGUCUAAACCCUCAGUGUCUAAACCCUCAGCGUCUAAACCCUCAGCGUCUAAACCCUCAGUGUCUAAACCCUCAGCGUCUAAACCUUCAGCGUCUAAACCCUCAGUGUCUAAACCCUCAGCGUCUAAACCCUCAGCGUCUAAACCCUCAGUGUCUAAACCCUCAGUGUCUAAACCCUCAGUGUCUAAACCUUCAGCGUCUAAACCCUCAGCGUCUAAACCCUCAGUGUCUAAACCCUCAGCGUCUAAACCCUCAGCGUCUAAACCCUCAGUGUCUAAACCCUCAGUGUCUAAACCCUCAGUGUCUAAACCCUCAGCGUCUAAACCCUCAGUGUCUAAACCCUCAGCGUCUAAACCUUCAGCGUCUAAACCCUCAGUGUCUAAACCCUCAGCGUCUAAACCCUCAGCGUCUAAACCCUCAGUGUCUAAACCCUCAGUGUCUAAACCCUCAGCGUCUAAACCUUCAGUGUCUAAACCCUCAGCGUCUAAACCCUCAGCGUCUAAACCUUCAGCGUCUAAACCUUCAGCGUCUAAACCCUCAGUGUCUAAACCCUCAGCGUCUAAACCUUCAGCGUCUAAACCCUCAGUGUCUAAACCCUCAGCGUCUAAACCCUCAGUGUCUAAACCCUCAGUGUCUAAACCCUCAGCGUCUAAACCUUCAGUGUCUAAACCUUCAGCGUCUAAACCUUCAGUGUCUAAACCCUCAGCGUCUAAACCCUCAGCGUCUAAACCUUCAGCGUCUAAACCCUCAGCGUCUAAACCCUCAGCGUCUAAACCCUCAGCGUCUAAACCCUCAGUGUCUAAACCUUCAGCUGAAGGACUGGAGAACAGCGAUGGCUAA